UCUCUUUCUCUCUCUAUACUCUCUCUCUCUCUCAAGGAUUUGAUUUGAUUCAAUGGAGUUAGCUCUAAGUUUGGGAGAUAAUAAUAAAAAUAAAGAAGAUCCCGGCCGACCACUUCAGCUUGAUCUUCUUCCUUUCUCCCCUGUUCCAAGAAACCAUUCUCAUCAUCUUUCCUUGCCUUGGCUUCUUCCCGACCAUUUCGAUGCAUCGGGUAGAAAGAGAUUGGGAUUGGGAUCAACUAUGGAAGGUGAAGUUGACGGUGAAGAUGGGGCGGCGAUGUCAUCUUCUCCGAACAACAGCGGCGGUUCAAAUUCAUUCAAUAUUAUGAUUGGUGGCGGCGGUCGGAAAAGGGAGUUGGUAGAAACAGAAGUUGACCAGAUGAAAGGAUCUUUAAUGAGUGAUGAAGAUGAUAAUGGAUUAACUCGAAAGAAACUCAGACUUUCUAAAGAUCAAUCUGUUUUUCUUGAAGAAAGCUUCAAAGAACACAAUACCCUAAAUCCCAAACAAAAACUUGCUUUGGCAAAACAGUUGAAUCUUCGACCUAGACAAGUAGAAGUCUGGUUUCAAAACCGAAGAGCCAGAACAAAGUUGAAGCAAACGGAAGUGGAUUGUGAGUAUUUAAAACGUUGUUGUGAGACAUUGACAGAAGAAAAUAGGCGUCUUCAAAAGGAGCUUCAAGAACUAAGAACCCUAAAAACUUCUCAGCCUUUCUUCAUGCAACUUCCGGCGACAACCCUAACUAUGUGUCCUUCUUGUGAGAGAACUUCAACUGCCGGAAAUCCAAGAUUAUUCCCUUUUAAAUCACAUAAAGCUGCGUCUUGAUUAAUUAAUUAAUUGUGAUUGAUAAACUAAUUAAUUAUUCACAUCAAAAAUUAAUUUUUAUU